AUGUCGAAACAGCAGAAGGUUACUCAAUAUCAAGAGCGCGUUUAUACAGCCCUCCAGAUGAUCCCAGAGGGUCGCGUCACGACGUAUGCCGCCAUCUCAAAGGCUUUGAACAGCUCUCCUCGCGCGGUGGGUGGUGCGCUGCGCGUCAACCCGUUCUGUCCAGAGGUACCAUGCCAUCGGUGUAUCGCCAGUACUGGUUUCGUUGGCGGAUACAAGGGUGACUGGGAGAAAGCACCCAGCGGCCAGAACCAGGAUUCGAAGCUGCAGCUGCUGAAUGAAGAAGGGGUCUCGUUCAAUGCAGAUGGAUUCUUGGUCGAUAAGACAUUGCUGUGGGAUGAUUUUGACGUGGAAAAGUUGAAGUAA